AUGCAGGAGUCCUGUAGACGCCUCUUGCCACAGUAUAGCCGAUGCGGGAAAGUUCUAUGUUGUACCACAAAAGUUCCGAGAGCUCCUGAUGGUCGACAUGUACCUCCAGAAGAUGUGAUUGCAGCUCAUCGCGAAUGUAUACCAUUACUUCACCUCAUCCACGAAUUGGGUUCCGAUCCACCCGAUACACGACAUAACCCGGGAUCGACACUUUAG